GAGAAUUAUAACACAGAAAAAUAUCGUAUUUUUCAGAGAUGGAGGAUAACAAGAAGGCAGCAAAGGCUUUUGUUGACAACUAUUUCCCUGUCAAGCAACCAAAAUCUAGGUUCCCUGAUGUUCUCAAUGAUCUCUUUCCUCCAAAUUCUCAGCAGGAGGCUUCAAAGAGGGAGGGAUAUGGUGGUCAGAGUUCAAAUGCAGUUGCAGAUGGCUAUUCUCGAGGAAAAGCUAACUCAGUUGUGUAUUUUGAAGUGUCAGAACCAUGCUCGAUGGGCUCAUCUGUGGAUUAUGGUUGCAGAGACAACUAUUAUCCCAACCGUCAGCCUGGAAAUUUUAAUGAGAAGAAAAAGGAUAAAAAUGAUGGCUAUGAGUAUUUGAACCCCGAAAAUUCAAGAGGAGAAUGGUGGCAAGGUUCAUUGUACUAUUGAAGCAACUAUUCAAGACCUUGGUGUUCUAUUUAGAUAGGAAGAAGUAAUAGCUACGACGGAAAAUUUGCUGAAGAUAGAUGCAGCAUCAAUAGUCACUACCAAAGAAUGUCCAAUGGCUCCUUCAAGUUGUUCUCUUUUAUCCUGAUCAGCUUUUAGUGUGUAUAGCAAGUGAUAAAUGAUUAAAUAUUUACUAUGUGUGGAAAUGGAGAACUGCAUGUGUCGUAUCAGCUGUUUUACUGUAUUCCCAAUAUUCACUUGUGGGGAUUAUGGAUACUUUUGUGUGCACUUCAAUGUUAUAGUAAAUUAUAUAAAUAGCAAUCAGAUGUUUAUUA